AUGACGGAUGCGUUGGUUCAAAAGCUCCUCAAGGAGUCUAAAGCGGAGUAUAGAAGACUAGGAAAGAGUGGAUUGAAGGUAUCAGUUCCCAUCUUGGGUGCCAUGAGUUUUGGGUCCAAAAAAUGGCAACCCUGGGUCAUUGAGGAGGAAGAAACGUUUCCCCUUCUCAAAUCAGCCUACGACAAGGGUGUUACAACUUGGGACACCGCAAACGUGUACUCGAACGGUGUCUCUGAAGAAAUCAUCGGCAAGGCGAUCAAAAAGUACAACCUUCCGCGCGAGAAGCUGGUCAUCCUCACAAAAUGUUACGGCUACGUCGGCGAACAGCCUGAGCUCCGAGCCAUCCAGUACCCUAAAGAGCUACCUCAAAUCAGGGACUACACCAACCAAGGUGGACUUUCGCGCGCUGCCAUCUUCAACGCAGUGAACAACUCACUCCAGCGCUUAGACACUGACUACAUCGACCUGUUGCAAAUCCAUCGCUUCGACCCAAACACGCCUAUCGAGGAAACGAUGGAGGCGUUGCAUGACUUGAUUAAGAAUGGAAAGGUACGAUAUAUCGGUGCCAGUUCGAUGUGGGCUGUGCAAUUUGCACAGAUGCAGUUCGUCGCGGAGAAGAAUGGAUGGACCAAGUUCGUGAGCAUGCAAAAUCACUAUAACUUGCUCUACAGGGAGGAGGAGCGUGAGAUGAACAGGUUCUGCAACGACACUGGAGUGGGUCUGAUACCCUGGGCACCCCUUUGCCGUGGUCAUCUUGCCCGCCCUGCUGCUGCUUACGGCGAGACGAUUCGUUCGGAAAGCGAGAAGAAGGCUGGCACCUCGACCACCGGCCCACAGAACGAAGCGGACAGAAAGACCAUUGAGCGCGUGGAAGAACUGGCGAAGAAGCAUGGUUGGAGCAUGAGCUCUGUUGCACUGGCCUGGAUUAACAAGCGGGUCACAUCGCCCAUCAUCGGCUUCAGCUCGGAAAAGAGGAUUGACGAGGCACUUGAGGCAAGAGGCAAGACGCUGACGGAGGAGGAGGAAAAGUAUCUCGAGGAGCUAUACACGCCUAGGCGAAUCGUAGGACAUUCAUAA